AUGGGAAUGAAGCCAUUUAUGGUAUUGGGAGGCUUCUCUGUUUUUGACGUUUUUUUUUUGCAAGCAAAAAAAGCUUUGAGAAGGCGAUCCAUGCGGAAAAACUCUGUAGGAAAUAAAACUAGUGGCGACGUUGUAAACGGUGAAGAACCGAACUCCACAGCGCCGUAUCAUUCUCCCUUUGGUGGCUACAACUACUACCCCACCACACUAUUUAAGCGCGAUGCGUUGCCUGCACCGCCGCACACAGAGGAGGCGAGUUUGAAAAAUGCAUCCCCACCUGGCCACGGUGGUGAUUCAGGCAGGGGGGAUGGGAGGACUUCUUCUUGGGGGACACCCCACAUAAAGCUUCAUCGGAUAAAUACCCUGAUGAUCACUCCAUUGAUGGAUCGUUACAAACGGCGCGACUCCGUUCACGCCAAACAGAGCCGUGGAGAAGGCGUCAAUCAGGAUGUGUAUGAGGGCCGAAAUGCCUCAGCUAUAGGGGCUCUAUCGUCGUCUAAUUCCUUAAAAGGUUCUUUGAGGGUAGAUACAGUUCCAGGCGCGGGCACUGUAGGAAAGAAAGGAAAGCGGAACAUUUCCUCAAGUGAGGUGUCUACUAAGCCAAUAGAAAUCAGGCGGGACCGAACGCAACUGCGGUCCCAGCGGAUGACCGCGUCGUGUCCUCCAGCAUUAUAUCCAGAUAGUAGCGCACCUAACGACCAGAAGGCAAUACAUAUAGAAAAUAACGACAAGGAGGCAAGUACACCUUUACAGUGUUGUGAUGUGCACUGUAUUCAUGGUCGUCAGGCAAUACUAGAUUAUAUUGAUUUACAACGUGACUUGCGGGCGUGCUACGCCACGCUCCGUGACCAGGACACCGAAUUGAAUGAACUGCGGUCACAACUCAGUUUACUUCGCACGGAAAGAGUAGAGAUGGAAUCACGUUUUCAGAUACAGUUACACGGAAUGGAAAACCGAUACGCUGAGGAUCUUGCAAAGGAACGAGAAGAACAAAUGGAAUGGCAGCAGCGUGUCUUGUCAGAGCAAUUAGCGACGUACGAACGAGACAGAGAGGAACUAGAGAAGCUAAGGACGGAAUUAACGCAGGAAAGGUUGAACCACGACCAUACACGAGGCAAGUUGGGCGCUGCACAAGACAUGUGUCUAGCUCUGAAGCAGCAAUUGGAGAAGCUUCAAGAUGCAGCUGCAGCAUCGGCUUCGCCUUUGAGAGGGAAAGAUUUGUCUUCGGGAAAGGCUAGAGGACAUGGUGUGCUGGAUGCGCAGUCGCCGACAUCCACGCUUAUGACACCAACGCCACGUCGCCAGCCGCCACCUACACCUGAGGCAAAAGAAGAUACGGAUGGCGUAUCCGGGGCUGAGGCCUCGACGUUUCCGCUUCUUCGGGGACAAUCACCACCUUCGCAUUCGUGUCGUGAGGAGUGGUUAACGGAUCGGGGGCUUGUCGGGAACGUGGCGUCAAACUCAACCAUUAAUGUCAGUGACCCAUCGGUUGCUUUUUCCGCGGUUCCCGACUUGGACCCUGAGGAGGCCCAUUCGUUUUUGCUGCGCAGCAUGGACCACCACGGCUCUGCAAAACGAGCCGUGGUGGGGAGUAACGAGGAGUGUGAUGGGGGGAUGCAGCGUGAAACGGAGUACAUGGAGCUGGAUGGAAGACUCUCAAGCUGUAAAACUCGAAACACGACACUUUCCACCGUAGGCGUACAAAGAGUGGACGUAUUGGCGAAUGAUGCCGCAUCCUGUGGCCCCUCCUCCUCCAGGGCGUUUUCAGAGGCUGCGCUUAUGCUUCAUCCCCCUUCACCGGACAUGUUCGAGCAGCUUGCAGGGCGGGAAUCAGAGCUGUGCAAAGAGCUCUUGCGUAUUAUUCUCGAUAAGGAGAAGCAGCUUGCUGAACUAGUCUCAGCGAGACUGCUGCUAGGAGAGGGGACAAAGCUUACCUUUCUGCCAGAGUAA